AGCUUACCUGUUACUACUCUUUGCCCUCCCCUUCUUCUGUUUCAGGGUUCCUUGGAAAUAACACAGAGUUUGGAAGAUGAUCCUCUACUAGAUGCACCGCUUAUUUCGUCUCAUACAUUGCAUUCCCAACUGAGGCCAAGAUUUCAUGCUAUCCCAGCAGUUCUCCUUGCCAAUUUUCUGUUGCUAAUACAUGUUGCUUUUGUUGUUCUAGCAUUUUUAGCAGCUAUGUUUUGUUCUUACCCCAAUCCAAAUCAGGACAAGUGCCCUGGUAACUAUACUCACCCACUUAAAGUGCAGACUGUCAUAAUCAUUGCAAAAGUAAUUCUGUGGAUUCUGCAUGUUUUCUUUGAACGAUACAUCCAGCAUCACCACAGUAAAGUCAGAAGCAGAGGUUACUUCACAAUAUAUCGAUCAACAAGACAUCUGAAAAGGCUUCCACUGGUGAUACACUCCACAGGUAAUGCAGCCCUGCUUUUGAUUUUGUCAGUGCAGCAUUCCUUUCCUGAUCGAAGUAAAGUGUACCUGUACCUGAUCCUGGGAGUCCUGGGCCUGGAGCUUAUUAGCUCGCUGACGUGCUUAGUGAUUUACACAGUGAAAAUAAGCAACUUCAAUCGUGCGAAGCCAAGACCUGACAUAAUUGAAGAAGAAAAGAUGUAUGCCUACCCUAGUCAUAUUACCUCAGAAAUUGGAUUCAGGGAAAAUUCUAGUUUAGAAGAGAUAGUUGAGAAGCAAGGAGAUGUAAUAGAGUAUCUUCAGCGACACAAUGCACUGCUCAGCAAGAGACUAUUGGCACUGACAUCUCAGCAAAUCAAAACUUAGCAGCGUUUGGAAGACUGCUGCUGGAGCUCUGGAGGGAACUUGAGGUAAUGUAAUAUCCAGACUGAUUUUUACAGAUGACUCUUCUUCAAUAAUCUGUUACAUUUUUUUAAAUAGAAGUUAAGAUGGAAGGAUGAACGCUGCAUACACUAUAAACCUGCUAUAACUGGAUGCUUUGGCUAUCUUCAAAUCAACAGUCCUGCAAAAAGUUCUGGAGCUUCAAAGAUUUUUAAUUC